UUUUUUCUCCCCCACUCCCCACUGGCAGAAAGCACUCUGAGCUGACCAAAAGCGGUGCUGUUUCGUUUUUCUCACCCGAGUCUCCGUCUCGACCUCCCAGUUGUCUCAUCUGUAAAGCCGAAAUUUGUGUCGUGACACCUGCGUUUUUUCCUUGGAACCGCCGACGACCCGAGAUUUCGAUUGCCCGCCAUCCAGCCGAGUAACGUCUGACCCUCUUUUUGUUUGUUUUCAACGCUGUCUGUGUCAACGUAUCGAUCGUGAAAAACAGUAAGCAAAACAGAAAGUGAAAGUGGCGAGAAAAGUUGCUCUCCCCCUCUCCUUGUAAACUCGCUCAUUGACGGACUCGCUCGAUUGUCACGUAUUUUUUCGACGACCGUGACGUACGUGCUCUGUCACUUCUUCUUCUUCUUCUCCUCCUCUACACCCACAGUCAACAACGGCCCCAAUGUCUUCUUCAUUAGUCUCUUUCUGCUGCGUCUCAGUCUUCGAUCAGGUGGCAACUUAUUUUCGGCGACGCUGUUGAACGAUCGCUGGUGGCUGUGCUCGACCAAUCUCCACAUCUCUCCAUUUCUUCCCGUCUCCUUUUUUGGGGUGAUUGUAACCGGUCCUUUUUUGCCGUCGGACCUCCUUCCCAAGGGCAGCAACCGGAGCUUCCGACAAAUCCACCACCAGCACCUAGAUCAAUCGUGAAACUCCAUCGUCCCGGUUGGCUUCUAAUUCCAGCCGAGAGCCAAUAGACGACGUAACGGCGUCGCACACCCUCAUCCGAACAUUUGAAAUCGAAUCUUCCAAUUGCACAUCAUUUACUCUCAUCAUAUCCUAUUGCAUUUCUUGAGUGGUUGUUUGUUUGCCGGAAGAGAUCGUUGUCGUGCCUUUUUCAGUCUAUUUGAACUGGUGAAAGCAUUGUGGAAGUGGAGAAACGCCGAACUACCUGGAAGUCGGAUAACCCUGGAGUUCGUCAAAUCUGCCCACAGGGAUUGCGCGCGUUGGCUGACGUUACUUCCAACUCUCCCCCCCCCCCUUUCUCCAGUGGUUUUGUUGAUGUAAUUAGCGUCGCCCAAGUGCCCGUUCCUUGGCCUUUCUUUCGUUUCUUUCUUCCAACAUUCAUCUGACGUGUGCGCUUCUUUUAUCUCUCGAUCAUCGGAGAGAGAGAGAGAGAGAGAGUCCCGACCGCCGUCCUAUCUGUGCGUGUCGCACUCGUCUGUCGAUAUUUAUGAUGGCUAUCCUCCGCGCCGAAUAAGAAACUACAAGUCAAACUGGACUGCACGAGUGCUCCGACAUUUUCCCCAAGUUGAUAGUUUGGUCGCGUGCCGGACGUCACCGUUUCACUACAACGGACGUUUCCUGCCCUUAUUUCGAUUCCCAGUACUUUUUUCUUUCUUUCUCUCUCUCUUUUUCAUAUCCGUUCGUUGCGCGGCUCGGCGUUUUCUUCUCCGUCGUCCGACAGGAAAAGGAAGAUUUUCCGAAAGUAAGAGAAAGAUAGCAAGCUCGUGAGGAGUGUCGAGAAGUGGCGGAGCCUUAAGUCUGAAUUUCCCCAAUCGGAAUGCACAACUGACGACGAUUUGUGCCAAAUCGACGCCAAAGGCAAAGAUCGGAAAUCCCGUGUGACUACCAAUUUCCCAGGCCUUUUUACAAAUGGUCGUCUAGAGGUGCCUGUCGUCGCCGCCGCCCGUAGGUAUGGAUCGCGUUACCAUGGGAAACGAUGACUCCGCCGACUACGUCACUGGUAUCGGUAUGUUAGCUGACUGCCGUCAUGCACCUUCCACCAUGCAACUCGUUCACUGAAAUAGAUACAACCAACAACCAACUACUUGAACUCCAGGAGGUAACCCAACCGCCGACAUUCUAUCGUGGUGGGGAGAAACAAACAAGUAAGCCGUCGCCAAAGCUAUUGGGAGGCAAAGAGACGAGAUAAUCGUAUCGUCGUCGGAGAACUUGAGCGUGUGUGUGUGUGUGUGUGUGCUGCUGCUGCUGCUGUUUAUUGCGUUGUGUUCACGUCCAACCAUUGUGCAAUCAUGGGGAUCGAAACGGCGCCAGGUAACAAGAGUAAAGGCUCUUCGACGGCGGCUGCUACUGGACCCAACUCGGGCAAGAACCCACCGGCCAACCCUCCAGUUCGCCAGUUUGCCAAUCAACUCCAACAAGAUAUCGAAGAUGUUACCGUAGAGUCAUUGGAGAGUACUCGCCGGAUGAUGCUGCUCUGCGAAGAGAGCAAAGAGGCCGGCAUUCGGACACUUGUGGCGUUGGAUGACCAAGGAGAGCAACUGGAUCGCAUUGAAGAGGGCAUGGACCAAAUCAAUGCCGACAUGAAAGAAGCCGAGAGUAAUCUAGCGGGCAUGGAGAAAUGUUGCGGACUCUGCGUCCUACCCUGCAACAAAUCGUCGCAAUUCAAGGAAGACGAAGGAACGUGGAAAGGCAACGACGAUGGCAAAAUAGUCAACAACCAGCCAACCAGAGUUAUGGAUGACCGCAACGGAGUCGGUCCAGCAGGCGGUUACAUUGCCAAGAUCAGCAAGGACGCCCGAGAAGGUGAAAUGGAAGAGAAUAUGACCCAAGUGAGCACGAUGAUCGGCAAUUUGCGCAACAUGGCCAUCGACAUGGGCUCAGAAAUUGAGAACCAGAACAGGCAAUUGGAUCGAAUCAACGCCAAGGGUGAAUCUAACGAGAACAGGAUAGGUGUCGCCAACCAGCGCGCUGGACAAUUACUAAAGAAGGCCUAAAUGAAAUUGAAUGGAUUGGCAAAAUAAACUUUAAAAAAAAAAAAACCAAACAAAAAAAUGGAAGAAACAAAAAAACAAAACCAAACAGAAAACCGUCUUUAUCUGUCUGUCGGUGCAGGAAGGAAAAAUGUGGAUUAAGACUGAAGGAUAUUCGACUGUGUUUGUUUCACUUUUUCAAAAAAUGUCACAAUUUUUUUCUUUCUUUUAUUCGUGCAUGUCGUUUCGGCGACAAAACUUAAGUUGCGUGCUUGACAACUUCUUUACUACUCCCGUUCUCUAGCUCUCGAUUUCUUCUCGAAUUUUUUGUCCACAUUGCUGCAAUAACGCUUCCGACCACGAAUUUUUCAGAAAUCAAAAAUCAUCACAAUAAUUCACCCACCCACCCCCACCCCUUUCCCUUUCCUUCCCCUCUAAAAAAGAAAAGCAACUCUUCACUUGUGAACCCCGUCGUAGCGGUUUCGUAUUUCGUUUUUUCUCCAUAUGGUGUCUGCCAUUUAAGUUAUCUCAUUUCUCUUUUUUUUUUUUAACAUGUACAGUUCAUGUUCCUGUGCUUUUGUAUUUUCUUGUGGCUGUACAACAGAUGCUUCUUUUUUGCUGUGGUUAAUUUUUUUUUUUUCUCUCCCCCCUUUCUCGUUAUUACUUUGGGUUUUUCUUUCUUAUUCUUCUCGUACUCGUUCGCUUCUCCUCCAACCGAUUCAAUGGAUCCAAAAGUCCGUUUGACUUGAUACAUUUGACUUUGGAUUUCUUUGGUUCACAAGUGCGUCCAUCGCUUUAUACCUUCCUAUUUUUUCAACAUUUUCAACAAUGGAAUGCGACUGUAGGGAACUCGAUUUUUCUUGCAUUCACUUCCUUUUUGAUUUAUUCUCUCCUUUUGAUUUUAUACCGGAAUUGCAUUUACUUUGCGCCAUCCCCUGAAACUCGCUCUCUGGUUGGACGCACAAUCCUUCGAAAUGCAUAGAAAGAAGAAGAAGAAAAAUAACAAGUCUGGUCCAUCACAAUUUGCUGCCGUGUCCAUGAUUGGCAGGGGAAAAGUGGGUCCGAUAGUCGUAAUAACUUUGCAAAAAAAAAAAAAAAAGUCAGUGAACGCAAAAUUGCAAAAUCCUAUGUGUGCAAAGCGAGAGAGGGGGCGGGGUCUGAGUUGGCGUUUGAGGAGUUUCGUUUUAUUUUGUUCGUUGUGAUAAUUGAAAAAAAGAAGUAAUAAGUUACACGUGAAUGACUUUACGUUGAGUCGUCUGCAUUGCGUUCGUUAUUCAUUACAUCGAAAUUUGGGAAUCGUUAUGUGGUAAAUAAAAAAAAAUAAGAACCGAAUAAAAAUUAUUAAAAAAAAAACCAAAACAAAACAAAGAAGAACAAUGGGAAGUUUCAUCCAGUUGGAUGUGGUCUUGCUAUCGCUGAGAUUUCUGGUCGGCUGUUUUCAUCUCUUCAUACAUAUAUAGUCUCUUUUUCCUAUAGUCUGUUUUUUUGAAUUGCGUGUCUCAUUUAUAUCCAUUUAUACUUGUGUCUAGAUGUUGACUAUAGUUCAUCUAGAAUAUCUUUUAGCCACUACAAAACCGACAAAAUCAUAUUAUCGCUCUAUUCUUACUCCCCUCGCCAUACCCUCUCUACCAUUUGGCAACCAUUCUAUCCACACUUCAAUAUCGUAAUGUUUGUUCUUUCUCUUGAGAUAUUACUUCAAGAUAUGAGUGACGGUAAUGGUAUUCCUCCACGCUGUUUGUAUUUUACUGGUUACAAUACACAUUUAGACCUUA